AUGGCUGAGACAUUAAGCGAAGUGUCCAGCAGUAUGGAAGGUUUGGAAGUCACCAAGGAGGGAAAGAAGAAAUCUAAGUUUAAAGCCUUUAAGAGCUUUUUUGGCAAGAAGAAGAAGAAAGAACCAGAAGAAGUCUUGGAAGGGACAUCGCUAAAGCCAAGGUUUUCCAGCAGCAGUGUUAGUGUGUCUUCUCUGCAGCCAGUUCCGGAAGUGCAAGCGGAGUCCAAGCCCAAGAGCGGCAUGGGAGCCAAGUCCAUAUCCCAUGACAGUGUUUUCUGUUCGGAUCUUGAGCCUGAAAAAACAGAAGGCAAGCUACACUCUUCUCCAGAGUCCCAGAGAAGCAGAUCACUGAAGAUCCAAUCUCUGCGCUCAAGGAGACUCAGCAUCAGCCCAUUUAUUAUCCGAUCUGACAAAUUCUCUCAGGACUUGGAAAAAUGCUCUGACGAUUGCAGAACACCCAAGAGCUCCAGAAGGAGGUCUUCACACUGUUCAUCAACACCAAGGAAGAGCAUCUCUGAAGUGUCCUCAGAUGCCGAGGUAUCACAGUCUUCUGAAAGCAGCACUCAGAAUCCCUCCGGUUUCAGUACCCCAGCCACCUCACAGGGCUGCUUGGAUUCUUCAGCUGCUAAACACAAGAUAGCUUUAAACCCCCGGAAGCAGAAGAAGAAGAAGUUAAGUUCCACAUCCAUGACAGUAAAGCAGGAGGAGCAAGUCUAUUCAGUGACAUCCAAAGAGAAGACUACAACCAAGACAAAACAAGCUGAGCAAAAGGAGAGACUGGACAGUACAGAACUCUCAAGCCAGGAGCAGAGCUACAAAUCAGAAACUCAGGAUAAGACAGUAGAUGAGACUCUAAGUACCGAGGCUGCCUCAAGCUACUACUCUGUUUUAGGAUUCAAUCCAAGAAGACGUAGAAGAAGGGCCAAAAAUGAGUGGAGCAUCAUAGAAAGAGGCCUUCUAAAAUCCACUCAAGGGUAUGGCCUGAGCACUAAAGUUGAGUCCUCAGCUAAUGAACAGAUACCUGGCGAGGAACACUCUUUCUUGAAGCUCUUCCUGGAGGAGAAAAGCACAGGGCAGCCCACAAGUACAGAAGCAGAAAUUACUAGUCUUCAGGAGAUGCCUUCAGAUAAAGGAGAUGUGGAGGGUGAAUUGGCCGACAUAGAUGCUGAAGUUCAAAGAGCACCAGCCCCCCAAUGUACAUCUACAGAUGUGGCAAAGUCCGUGAGUCCACUACCAUGCCAUGAACAUGGGCCUCCUGAAGGCAAGAAGAAAAAGAAUAAAGCUGCUGUGUUACAGUGGAUAAGAAAAUCUAUAAGCCAAGAAGAGGCCCAAGUGCAUAUGCAUCCUUCUCAAGAAGAAGAAGAAGAAGCAUCCAGUCCUGGCUUGCAAAUGUUUCAACCCCAAAUGGAGUUAUCCUUGGAGAGCACAACUUACCACAAAGAGAAGCAUCCCAAAAGUGGUGUCCGGGCCCUUUCUACAAGUGUUUCAAGUGCUACUGCAGAAGAUGAUGCUUCUGUGAAGAUGAUGCCUGUUUCUCGCAGAAGGUGGCCAAAUGCAGGGGAAAUCUCCUCAGAUUCAAAGAGUUCCUCAGAGUAUGAGAGUAGUUCUGAAAUGCAACUGGGUCCUACACAUUCUUUACAGCCUACGCGGAAGCCUAAACAUGAUGCUGAUGCUGGUGCUGGUGCUGAUGCUGAUGAUGCUGAUGAUAAAGAAGAUGAAGAAGAUGAAGAAGAUGAAGAAGAUGAAGAAGAUGAAGAUGAUGAUGUCUUCCUCAAGUCAGAAAAUGUAGAUGUAGAUCUGAGCAAGAUGGAGCAGCGUCAGCCUCUCAGAAAUCCUUCCCAGUCAUUAGGAAAACCCAAAGCUAGAGAAGCCUCAGAACUAGAGAGCUCUUCAGAAGACGUGAAAAGUUGUGAGGAAAUGAUGUCUGCAUACUCUUCCCAGUCCUUGGAAGAAUUUGAAGAAUGCUCAGAAUCAAGAAUUUUCGCCAUAGGUUCUGUCUCUGAAGAGCAGCCAGCUCCCAGGCGCCAUUCCCAGGCCUUGCCGGAGUUGGAGGAAAAGGAAGUCUCCACAGAAUCAAGUAGUUAUGUUGAGAAGUACCACAGUUCUGAGGAUCUGAGCAGCUCAGAGGAAGAGCAGCAAGAGUUGUCUCCAGUUUCAAAGAGUUCUCUAAAACAGUGGACUGUUCCUGCCAAGCCAGUGCGUCCCAUACAUACUUCUCCACCUAUUGUAAGUUCAACUACUCAGCAACAACCUCCCAUCAUGGUGAACAUUUCUAUAGGACCAAACAAAUCUGUAGAGCCACUGCCUCCCAGGCACACUGCUGAGUUGUGUGCGAGCCCUCCGCCUGAACAUCAAGUGUUUGCAGAGCCAGAAGGCGUUGCUGCUGACUGGGACAUUUUUAUGCAGCCACACCCAACCAGGCCAAGACUUGAGCAAGACGUUUCUGCAGGUCCAGAACUUACUGUUUCUGAAGAGAGUAUUGCUGCACAGCCUUCCGGAUAUCCUUCCAGGCCUUCAGUGAGACUAAGCAUCAAGAAAGAAAUAUCAUCGGGUGCAGAAAGUGCUGCACUAGAGGGGAGUGCUCCCCUGGAGUCCCCAUCUCCUCAGCGUCCUUCUCAGCGACUAUUGAAACCCUUCAUCCAGCAACAGGUAUCUGCUUUUGUAAGAGGUAUUUCUACGGAUCCAAAGCUUCCAACACAGUUCCAGCCGUGGAAGAAGCCUCAAGGAAAGCAAUCAUUUUCUUCCACUCCAGAGAGCACAGCGUUUGAAGGGAGCACUUCUAUGGAGAAUAUGAAUCUGAAUCUUUCCCAGCCUAUGCUACCGCUGUAUCAAGAAGUGCCUUUAGAAUCCAAGACUGCUGCUGUUAAAAUGAUUUCCAUGGGCCAACUGCACUCCAAAUAUUCUGCUCAUCCCUUGCCAAGUCAUCAAAGCCAACCAGUCACAGAAAGCACCUCUGUAGAAGGUGCCAGUUUAGUGGAGCUACUGCCUCCUCAGCCUUCAGGGAUGCCCAAAAUCCAGCCACUGAUGACCCAAGGCAGUGUUCCUGCUGCAUGGGACAUUCCUAUUCAUUCACCAGCUCCCAAAAUGCCUUCUCAGCCCUUGAUGGCAUCAAUGAUCCCUGUAGAGCCAAAGCCUUCUAGGUACUCUUUGCAGUCAUGGCAGAGCACACGAUUUGAACAAGUCUCUGUAUCCCCAGAUCAUGCUGCUGCUGCUUCAUGGAACAUUCCUACCGAUCUACCAGCUCCCAAAAUAUCUUCUCAGCCCUCCAUGGUCAAGAAACCAACCUCGACUGAGUUAGUGAAUGUUUCUGUGUCACAGAGCAGCUCUCUGGAGCGACUGCCUUCCAAAUUCCCCUUCCAGCCAAGAGCAGAUCCAGAGCACUAUGUAGCAGAGAAAGGAGUUGCUACAUUGAGGAGGCCUAGAAGGCAUCAUUCUCAGCCGCCAAUGACCUCAGAAAUCAAGAAAGAAGUUUCCUCAGAUUCUCUGAGAACUUCUGGAGAGCGGAGCAUUCCUAUGGAGCCAAUGCCUCCCAAGUAUGCUUCUCAGCUCUGGUUGGGCCCUGAAUUUGAGCAGCAAGCGUCAAGUCUAGAAGAUGUUUCCAAGGAAGGGGAUGUUUUGAGGGAGGCCUGGCUUUCAGGACAUCCUUCCCAAACCAUUAUCAAACAUAAAGUUGAGAAAACACCCUCAAGCUUUGAGAGUACCUCUACGGAGGGAGGCAUUCCUUGGCGCCCACUGCCUCCCAAACGUCCCACCUCAUUCUCAUUAAGAUCUAAAGUUCAGGAAAUAGCCUCAAGUCUACAGAGUGCUACCACUCAAUACAGCUCCAAGAAACCACAGAAUGUCAGGGCACCUUCCCAGUCCUUUGUGAAAUUCAUGGCCCAGAAAGUAUUUUCAGAUAGUGCCGCUAGUGAAAGAAACAUGUAUGCAAAGCCUACUCCUCAGGGCCGAAGCCGUCCUUCCAGAUCCCUGCUGAGGCCUAAAAUGGAUGAGCACCUUUCCUUAUAUAACUGGGAUGAUGAAUCCAAGGAUAUCACAUUGAAGAAUCUGCCCAUGAAGCAGCCUUUUCAGUCAUCCAGAAGGCCUGAAGAGCCUCAAGAAGUUUUGUCAUUUUCUGAGGGUGACCCUGUGAAGUGGAGCACGUCUGCCGGGGAUAUCUCUCAGUCCCUGGGGAAGCUUGAAUACAAGCAGAAAGCCUCAGUUUCUGUCAGUUUUCCAGAUGAGUGGAAGAAGUCUGAAGGACCUUCCACACAGCCUUCUCAAACCUUCAAUGUAGCGGAGUUGCAGCCAUCGAUUUUACCAGCGGACUCGGCAAAUGUGCCUGUGGAGUGGAGAAUUCUUGAGGGCCGUCAGCCUCCUGGUCAGCCUACUCAGUCUUUCUUGAUUACUGACUAUCAGCAGCAAGUUUAUGUAGACUCUGCCAAUGCUUCUGCUGAAGGAGCCAUGCCUGAGAAUAAUACUGGCUGCUGGCCCAUGCUGAAAGGCCCAGCUUCAACAAAAAAUGUGAAAUACGGACAAGGCUAUGAGGACUUCACUAAAAACACCCCAACUUCUGUUACCAAACCUGCCACGUUCGCUUCUGCUCCUGCCCAGAAAUCAUUUGUUCCCACAGACACUUAUUUUAAGGACAACGUUCCUCAGUUUUCUGAUGUAAGUGGAAGUUCUUCAUCCCCAUCCACCAGCAAGGCUGAUGUCGAAAAUGUUUUUGGAGUGCGGCUGCGAAGAAUCUCAAAGAUUGGAAAGGAGAAUCCAGAUACUUGCAAGCCGUCUGUCCCAGGUUCGGCAGCAGCAAGCAAAGAACAGGCAAACAAAGGAGCUCUCCAGGGCUCAGACAGAGGCCCAAAGAAGUCCAGCCCAGUAUUUACCUUUGAGGAGAAGCAAGAGAACAGGCCCAGAUAUGAAGGCACUUUGAAGAAGUUAGCAGUUUACAGGCCUCCAGGUGAGAAAAAGACCUCUAGUUGGAAGGCAGAUUCCUCUAUGGAGCCAGCUUGGAUCACCAUGGUAAAACAACGGCAAAGGAGCUUUGGAUCCCACUUUCCUAAAAAAUCCAGGACCAAGUCUGAAGUUAGGGUUGAGAGCAAGGAACCUAGAUAUGAGGAAUCUGAGCCCAUAACUCAUAUCCUGCCAAAGACGACUUUUCUUUCCACUAUCCCCAGACAUGAGAUGCCACAGUUAAGACAGUCUACAAAAUCAGUUACAUUUGAUUAUCAGAAGAUGCUUCACCCAUAUACCAGGGAAAGAGAAGCCAGACGAUCUUUAAGUCUUCCAUCAAAAUUACCACAACCCGAGGAGCCUGAGUGGUUCUCAGUAGCCAAGAAGAAAGCCCAAGCAUGGAGCCAAAUGACAGAUAUCAUGCAAUAA